AUGAUUUUAAAUAAUAUAUUUAUUCUGUUGAUGAGGUUUUGGGUGGCUGCGACACAAUCCUCUCUACACGGUGAUAUCAAAUCAACGCUCGUGGCUGAUCACUCGAAACGUACGCAUGACUCGGGUCAUUUCAGUCAGAGUGACGCGAAAAUAUCUCAAAUACUCAGUACUAUGGAAAAGGAGAUGGGUGUUGAGGAGCAACUGCACACCUAUACGGCGCAGUUCGCUCGUAGUACACAAUCGCAUCGCUCAUUCGUUGGCGAUGGUGCGGCACACAUCGGUGGCGCUGCUACCCCUGAUGGAAAGCGACAUAAUCGCUUCAGUACAACGAAAUUUGAUGAGAAUUUCAAAACGCAUUCGCUUUGCGAGUCUUGGAAUUCUGGCAAACAACCGGACAAUCUUGAGUGGUCUGAAUCAGCAGAUCGUUUAUUACGUGUGAUUGGCAAUGGAGUCGUCAAAAACGGGUAUAAUAUGUUCAUGGCUCCUGGACAAAGUCAAGGUUUGCUCCGAUCUCAGCAUUUCGUCUUUCCAGAUGGUCCCUUUCUCGCCCACGGAUUUGACUGCUUAGAACAGUGGUUCUCAUAG